AUGGCCUACGCGACCAAGUACCACGAGGACUCGGACGCCGACGACGAGUUUGAGCGCAGCGUCAUGAGUCCCGCACUCCCGCCCGACUACGAGCACUCGCCCACCAGCUCGGGGCCGCUGAGCACCGAGCACACGCCCACCACCUUCACCCACUCGCGCGACAGCAAGAGCAGCCCCACGGGCCUGCUGAUGGAGUGGACCGAGGAGCAGGUGGCCGACUUCAUAUCAGACCUCGGAUUGGAGCAGUAUGCAGACACAUUUGCUGAGGAGGUCAUUUCGGGCGAUGUGCUUGCAGCCCUCCAACAUGCAGAGCUGAAGGAGAUGGGCGUCAAUAGCGUCGGACAUCGCCUCACCAUCCUCAAGGCCGUCUACGAGAUGAAGGUCAAGCAGAACGUGCCCAUAGAACCGGACGACUACGUGCCCUUGUCUGCGGACACGUCGGCACAAGAAGCUCCGCCAACACAGGACGACUUCGCCAAAGUCAUCCGAGUUGUCCAGAUGCGAGACGAGCGGAUACACACAGCCGAGUCUGAGCUGCGGCAUCUCAGAGAAGACCUGGGUAGAGUGAUAGACGAGAACAAGCGAUUGCGUGAAGAAAUGCUGCCGCUGUUGCGCAUGCUGAAAGACAGCCAGCACCCGCUGCCUCAACAGCCACUACCAACCACACACGAACACCCUGUCACAUCACCACCGGCUACUCAAGAGAGAUCCGCCGGAAGCAGUUUGUCCCAACCAAAGCCGACAACAGUACGCUCGCGACAUGCGAAGUGGGCAUGA